UAAUGGAUCAGUGUGCUUGGACCCUUUUGCAGCGUCGGUCCUCCUCUUCAUCUCUAGAACUCUUCUUACGAUGGCACCGAAGAAGAAGGAAGAGCCUAAACCUGCUCCAGCAGCACCCAAACCUCCAGAGCCUGAGCGCCCUAAGACCCCGGAGUUUGACCCUGCAUCAGUUACGCUGGAAUUCACCCCAGACCAAAUUGAGGAUUUCAAAGAUGCUUUCCAGCUGUUUGACAGGACACCGACAAAUGAGAUGAAAAUCACUUAUGCUCAGUGUGGUGAUCUGAUAAGGGCUUUGGGUCAGAAUCCUACCAAUGCUGAGAUUAUGCACGUGCUUGGAAAACCAACAGCUGAAGAUAUGCAAUCCAAAAUGCUGGAUUUUGACCAGUUUCUGCCCAUGCACCAACACAUAUGCAAGGCCAAGGACCGUGGGACAUUUGAGGACUUCGUGGAGGGUCUGAGGGUUUUUGAUAAGGAGGGGAACGGCACAGUUAUGGGGGCUGAGCUCAGGCAUGUUCUGGCAACACUGGGUGAGAAGAUGAAGGAGGAUGAGGUGGAGCAGCUUAUGCAAAACCAAGAGGAUGCAAAUGGAUGCAUAAAUUAUGAAGCAUUUGUAAAAUAUAUUAUGGCGUCUUGAAAGGUUACAUUUCAGUCAUUCUUAUUCUGGUGCUUCAUUACUCUGAAAUAUAUGAAAUCAAUGUGAGUGGAUAAUGAGUGUGCUGCUCCUUCUCUAGACAAUUGAAAGCCUGAAUCUUUCUUCUGUGCCUCCCACUGUGUAAAUUUCUCAUUACCGUUAAGACUCAGAUGGAUCAAUAAUGCACCAUGUUUUGUUCUGAGAUUCCAUGUUACUAAUGCUGUGCACACACUGUACAUUGUACCUGUUCAUAGCUUAGAUCACGGUAAAUAAAUAUAUUUUGAUGGC